AGCCUCUCUUGCUGUCGCUCGCCCAUCUAGCUCGUCUUUCCUCAGCGUACAUCCAUCCUAUCAACCGUAUCUAGCUUCUUGUAAUGCCGAAGAACAAGGGAAAGGGAGGGAAGAACAGGAGAAGAGGAAAGAACGAGAACGACGAUGACAAGCGUGAGCUCGUCUUCAGAGAGGAUGGUCAGGAGUACGCCCAAGUCACGAAGAUGCUGGGUAAUGGUCGCCUGGAAGCUAUGUGCUUCGAUGGGGAGAAGCGAUUAGCGCACAUUCGAGGGAAAAUGCGUAAGAAGGUCUGGAUCAAUCAAGGAGAUAUUGUCCUUUUAUCGUUGCGGGAGUUCCAGGAUGACAAGGCAGACGUGAUCGUGAAAUAUACUGCUGACGAAGCACGUAGCUUGAAAGCGUACGGGGAGCUACCCGAGAAUGCGAAGAUCAACGAGACCGAGACAUUCGGCGAGGAAGAAGGAGAGUGCACCUUCGAGUUCGGCGAAGAGGGAGAGGUGGACGUCGACGAGAUCUAAGGAUAUCAUUUGUUUCCACUGUAUUCUAGCUUCGUUCCUUCUCGUGGUGAGCAACAUCAUGUACUCUUGGGCCCGCUGUGUUAUCUAGAACUCAAUAGUUGUAGCUUUCCUCAUCGCAUUGUGCAACUUGUUUUUGUCCGUUUUAACCUGUGUUCUGUUACGCCAGAUGUGGAAUCCAUGGACUAGAUUUGGACUAGACUGAAGAUUGGGACUUUGACAAUUGACAUGUCCCAUCCCCGC